GGAAAGGGAGGGAACCCAUACUGCUAAGAAAGCAACGAAAGCAACCUCCACCAAACGGCGUCGUCUUUCUCUAAGCCUACCACUGAAACACACAAAACGACGCCGCUUCUCUUGUCUCAUUCUAGUUAGAUAUCUCCAUUGGUAACAUCAUUUCCCUCUCUCCCAAGUCAUCCCCCUUCACUGUCUCGCAGAUAUCAAUCCAUCGCCGAUCGGAAAAAAAUCGCUUCACAACGCCUCAACCGAGUUCGCAACAGAGUCUUCCGACUCGCAGCGGAUCUAAUCGGACCGUGUUCACCGAUCUGCUCGCCGAGUCUUGCUCUCUCUCUAUAUUGAUUGCGAUUAACCAGAAGCUUACUUCAGACGACGCCGUAUACUCUUUCUGAUUCUUCGCUCUCUAAUGUAACCAGCUUUGGUAGGAGCAAAGUCGUACUUUUAUCAAAAUGGAUCGGGCGGCGAUGACUGUCGGGCCGGCCAUGGACAUGCCGAUCAUGCACGACAGCGACCGGUACGAUUUCGUCCGAGAUAUCGGGUCCGGAAACUUCGGGGUAGCCAGGUUGAUGAGAGACAGGCAGACCAGGGAACUCGUUGCAGUAAAGUAUAUCGAGCGCGGUAACAAGAUUGAUGAAAAUGUUCAAAGAGAAAUAAUUAAUCAUAGGUCGCUGAGGCACCCCAACAUCAUUAGAUUUAAAGAGGUCAUUCUUACGCCUACCCAUCUGGCCAUUGUGAUGGAAUACGCUUCUGGAGGAGAGAUGUUUGAACGAAUAUGCAAUGCUGGGCGCUUCAGUGAGGAUGAGGCUCGCUUCUUUUUUCAACAACUUAUAUCUGGAGUCAGUUAUUGCCAUGCAAUGCAAGUAUGUCACCGAGACUUGAAGUUGGAAAACACUUUGUUGGAUGGCAGUCCAGCUCCUCGCUUGAAAAUAUGUGAUUUUGGCUACUCAAAGUCUUCAGUGCUUCAUUCACAACCAAAAUCUACUGUUGGAACUCCUGCAUACAUUGCUCCAGAAGUAUUACUGAGGCAAGAAUAUGACGGAAAGAUUGCAGAUGUAUGGUCAUGUGGGGUAACCUUAUAUGUGAUGCUGGUGGGAUCCUAUCCUUUUGAGGAUCCUGAUGAACCAAAGGAUUUCCGGAAGACUAUACAAAGAAUACUCAGCGUCCAGUAUUCCAUUCCGGAUUCUGUUCAAAUAUCUCGCGAAUGUCUAGAACUGAUAUCGAGAAUCUUUGUCCCAGAUCCUGCUGCGAGGAUUACCAUUCCUGAGAUAAAGAACCACUCGUGGUUCUUGAAGAAUCUCCCAGCAGAUUUGAUGGACGAGAUGAAAAUCGGCAGCCAUUUUGAAGAGCCUGAUCAACCCAUGCAAAGCCUAGAUGUAAUCAUGCAAAUAAUUGCGGAGGCCACUAUACCAGCAGCUGGAACCCUUGGUCUUAGCUCUUACAUGACGGACAGCCUAGAUAUGGACGAUGAUAUGGAUGACUUGGAUUCAGAGUCUGAACUUGAUGUCGAUAGCAGUGGGGAAAUAGUGUAUGCAAUUUAGUUCCAGUAUGUGAUGUAGUCAGGUGAGAAAAGAAUUUUUACUGUUGGUGAAAAACUAGAAAAGAUAAUGUGCAAUAGAGUAUGUGAUAGAUUAGCAUAGAUAAUGAGAUAAGGGGAAGGCAUUAUGCUAUCAUCAUAUGCUCCUUGGAGUUGUCAUAUAUUUAUAACACAUAGUUGUAUAUUGUUUUGUUUUACUGUGGGGGAAUUUUAUUUUUAAUGCUAUCUAAGGGUUGUAAGUGGUGGUGGUGGACGCAUGAUAUCCACACCCUCCCUUUUUGUUGAACCUCACGUGACUUUAAUAAUUGUUCACUUUGGUCC